AAACUCCGACUCUCAGUCGAUUUGUCCUAUUAAUAUUUAAUAUUGUCAGGUGUUUUGAGCUUCAUAUAAACAAACAAUUACAUGAAUAAAACACCAUUAUGUUAGGUUAUGUGUUUUUUUAAUCGGUAUGUUAUGUUGGUUUAACAAAAAAUCGCAAUGAAUAAUAAUAGGAGCGGCGGAAGAGGUCAGUACCACCGCCACCGCCACCGCCGGCCUCUUCAAAUUGAUGAAGAGGUAUGGACCGUCAAGCCUCUCACCGAUCACCACCACCUCUCACCGCCUUGUAGUCCUCCUUCUGAUGAUUCAAGUGCAACUGCAACUUCAACUGCACCCGCCAUCGCCAGUGUUCUCACAAUAGGAAUGCGUCAGAAUUCCAAGUCGGUGUCUAAGAAUCGGCGUGCCCAUCGACCCAAACCCAUGUCUGUGAACAAAUCUGAGGUGGGUUCUCUGAAUUCUUUGGAUUCUCAGCUGGGGUCUUUGAGAAUUGCUGAGAAAGUCAAUGAGAAAGAGGAGGAGAAAGAAGAAGAAGAAGAUAGAACUGAAGUGUCUGAGUCAAGUGAUCAGGGUGUGGAUGGUGUUUUAAGUAGAUGGGAAGAGCUGCAGAUGGGCGUACAGGAGCCCGAAUUGUCGGAGCAGCAGCUGAGGAUCAAUGAUCAGCUGCAGGAGGAUGAGUUACUUGCUAUGGAAUCCAUUUAUGGGGACAAUGUUUUCAUCCUUGACAGACACAAAGGCUUAAGAUGUUUUCAGAUUCAUAUACACAUUGAAGCACCUAGUGAAAUUGCUAUGACUGCAAAGCUAAAUUUAUCUGGUGAUCUUAAGACUGAAAAUGGCAGUUCAGAUGAUUUCUCAUACUCUUUCAAAGUCCAAUAUCUUCCACCAAUUAUAUUGACUUGUUUGUUACCUAAAUCAUACCCAAGCCAACUACCGCCUUAUUUUACAAUAUCUGUUAAGUGGUUGGAUUCCAGUAGGAUUUCUAAUCUCUGCUCCAAGCUGGACUCUAUAUGGAUGGAACAGCCAGGACAGGAAGUCAUAUACCAAUGGGUGGAAUGGCUACACAGUUUUUCUCUUUCUCAUCUUGGGUUUGAUAAAGAAAUUUUUCUUGGUCCUUAUGGCAUAAGGCAAGCAGGGGAUAGGCGGGCAUUUUCUGGAAUUGUUUCCCUUGAUGUUGAUGUUCCUUUAAUGAAAAGUUACAAUGAUGAGAGACAACAUGAGAACUUUCAGAAGAACUUGCAUGAAUGCUGUAUCUGUUUUACGGAUUAUGCUGGUACCGAGUUCAUCAGGCUGCCGUGCCAACAUUUCUUCUGUUGGAAAUGCAUGAAGACUUUUUCUAAGAUGCAUAUCAAGGAAGGAACCAUAAGCAAACUCCACUGUCCUGAUGCAAAAUGUGGGGGUAUGGUCCCACCCCCUUUGUUGAAACGAGUGCUUGGUGACGAGGAGUAUGAACGUUGGGAGUCCUUAAUGUUACAAAAAACGCUCGAGUCAAUGUCUGAUGUUGCCUAUUGCCCAAGAUGUGAAACACCCUGCAUAGAAGAUGAGGACCAGCAUGCUCAAUGCUCAAAGUGCUUCUUUAGCUUUUGUACACUUUGUAGGGAGCGACGCCAUGUAGGCAUAGCAUGUAUGUCACCAGAAAUGACGCUUCGUAUUUUGCAGGAGCGCCAAACUUCAUCUCAACUAAAGGAGGAUCAAAAGCGUAAAGAACGUGAAAUGAUAAAUGAAAUCCUUAGUGUCAAGACAAUACUCAGUGAUGCUAAGCAAUGCCCGUCUUGUAAGAUGGCAAUUUCCAAAACUGAAGGUUGCAACAAGAUGGUGUGUGAGAACUGUGGGCAGUAUUUCUGCUACCAGUGUAACCAGGCAAUUGAUGGAUAUGAUCAUUUCAAGGAUGGGAGGUGCGAUCUAUUCCCACAAGAAGUUAUUCGGGAGUGGAUAGAGCGCAUAAAUCCUCGCCAAGUGUUGGGUCAGAUUCAAGCUGAGCAUGCUCAACAUGGUUUACCAUGCCCUAAUUGUCGUCAAUUCAAUGCCAAGGUUGACAAUAACAAUCAUAUGUUCUGCUGGGCAUGCCAAAGUCAUUAUUGCUAUUUAUGCAAACAGAUUGUGAAGCGUAGCGCUCAGCAUUUUGGACCAAAGGGUUGCAAACAGCACACAGUGGGGUAGUUGUGAACACAACCGUUUGGCAUAGCCUAUUUGAAGGAGCAAACCAGACAUUUGGUACUAAUAGCUGUGCAAUAGGACCUAACAUAUUGAGCCUCGUCGUGAUUUAUAUACAAUCCCAGCGGAAGGUACUUCUACUGUGAGGAAAUUAAUUGCCACCCAUCCUAUUCAUGAUUGAAUUAAAGGAUGUUGUCCUUGCAGUUUUGUCAUAGUGCUCUAAAGUAUAUGUUUUUCAGUUUGCUUUGGCUCUUUGGGACUACAUUCUUUUCUUUUUGGUUUUGUUGAUUGUAAGUAGUAACUUCUCUCUAAUUUUAAGCUGGAUGCCGACUGUAGAUAGAGUGUUCUUCCAUGUACUAAGCAUUCUCUUUCCAUUUUGGAGGUGUGCUUGGUAGUGUUCCAAGAAAUAAGAGAUGAACAAUUAAACUACAA